AUGUCUACCUCCAGCAUGUCCACCCCCCGCACUCGAGCUCGCGCUCACAUCCGCGAAGACACCGACUCCUCCGACAGCGACUCCGGCGCACCCACCCUCGCCUCCAACUACCCCUCAGGCAAGAUGUCACUGGCAGGAAUCUCCCUACGCGCCAUGCUCCUCGGCACCUCCCUCGGCCUGACUUCCAGCCUGGCAUUGCUCCUCAGCACGGUCUACCCGACAGCACUAUGGCGGGUGCCAUUCUUCAUUGCGGCGCUGAGCCUGUUCCAUUUCCUGGAGUUCUGGGUCACGGCGCAGUAUAAUACGCGGUAUGCGACUGUUUCGGCUUUCCUACUCUCGUCGAAUGGGUGGGCAUACAAUGUUGCGCAUGGAUCUGCGGUCGUGGAGUGUGUUAUUUCGCACUAUUGGUUUCCCGGUCAGACAUCGUUCGGUCGGCUGGUUACUGUGACGGAGCCUGUGUUUGGGAGUGAGGUUUCAUUGCUGCUGGUGGGUGGGUUUGUGCUGCUGGUUGUUGGGCAGGUGGUGCGGACUAUUGCGAUGGCUACUGCGGCUAGUAACUUCAAUCACCAUGUACAGAGUCAGCAUCAGGAGGGCCAUGUCUUGGUGAAAAGUGGUCUUUAUGGCUAUCUGCGACAUCCCAGUUACUUCGGGUUCUUCUGGUGGGGGCUUGGGACCCAGCUGGUCCUCGGGAAUGCGGUCUGCUUUGUUGGAUAUGCGCUGGUCUUGUGGAGAUUCUUCUCCAGCAGAAUCAAACGCGAGGAGGCUUACUUGAUCUCUUUCUUCGGCGACGAGUACGUUCGGUACAGAAAGGAGACUCCCGUGGGAAUCCCAGGAAUUUAG